AUGGCCGUGGUGUAUGGCAAGAACAACCCCAUACCCCGGCUGCUCAGCGGAACACUUGAGUAUCGGAGCCCGAUGCCUGUGGCAACGAGAUGCCUCCAAGGCCGUCCGCAGCCCCUGUACACUGUAGGCACCAUCGAGGGUCCCGCACUUCUUCGAAACUCGCAAAUCUUGAAGUUGUCCUACCCGUCCAAGCCAUGGGGUGCCUUACCAGCCUACUGCGACCGAUCCUGGCACUUCGCCGGCGCUCGCCCGCCGGGUGACUCCCUCUUGAAGAGCUUCUGCGACGAAGUCUUGGGGGGCGGGGCGUCCCUGGGAAGCCUCUACGCAUACCUGAACCUGUCGGAGGCUUUGCUGGUGCUUCGGCCCACCUGCCGCGCACUGGCCUCGGCGUCCAAGGCUAUUCCCAGACUGAGGGCACCCCUGUCCAUCGAGCCCCAGGACAUCGAGGAGUUGGUGGCCCUUUUUGUGCGA